GUGCUCUGAGCCCGCGGUAGGAGGAUGCAGGAAAAAUGGCCGUCGGAAAAGAUGGUGGUACCUCAAGUGACGCGUAACGGCGAGCGGCUUGUGAAUAAAUGCCUAUUAACAAUAAUGCUCAUAAUAAAGCAUAUGGCGAACGUAUUGGUGGACAGCUGCUAUUAAACUACGUUAUUAUGGUACGGACAUUUUUCUCUAGGUGAUGUUUAUUGGAUGACUGUCCCUUUGCUGACACUGCCUUUACAUUCCGGACUGAGGAUUAAGGAAUUUCCUUGAAGUUCCAUAUAACUGAUAGUGACAAUGCACCGUAAUUGUAUUUAAUUGCCCCCGAUUGAUUAUGAAUGCCACCAAACACAAGGGCUGAAUGCCCUGAUAAACAGCCUUUUAGAAAUUUAAUGUCCCUGUUCUACCCACUAACAUUGUUAAGAUUUUAUCAUGUAAUGACUGUACCGCUGCUGAUUCAAGACGUCUUUUUUUUUCAUGCCUAUGGACAACUUAAGGUUUGGCUUUAAAACCUGUUAGCCAUUGUGGAGUUACAUAUUUCUUUUAACGGACGGAGCCUCUUAAGGAUUUAUCAAGAUGCUUUCAGCUCUGAAGAAGCUGGUUGGCUCCGAGCCAGGACAGCUGAAGGAGAAGAACAUUCCAGCAGGCCUGCAGUCCAUGAACCAGAGCUUGCAGAGGAGGUUUGCCAAGGGCGUUCAGUACAACAUGAAGAUCGUCAUCCGCGGGGACAGGAACACGGGCAAGAGCGCACUGUGGCAGCGGCUGCAGGGGAGGAAGUUCCUGGAGGAGUACAUCCCCACGCAGGAGAUCCAGGUCACCAGCAUCCACUGGAACUACAAGACCACUGAUGAUGUAGUGAAAGUGGAGGUCUGGGACGUGGUGGAUAAAGGCCAAAAAUUUCCUGUAUCUGAACUACUGGGGAAGGGGAAGAAGCGUGGCGAGAGUUUGAAGCUGGAGAACGAGCCGCAGGAGACGGAAAAUGACAUGGCCCUCGAUGCGGAGUUCCUCGACGUUUACAAGAACUGCAAUGGCAUCAUCAUGAUGUUCGACAUCACCAAGCAGUGGACGUAUAACUACAUCCUACGUGAGCUGCCCAAAGUGCCCAACCAUGUGCCUGUGUGUGUCCUGGGCAACCACCGCGACAUGGGCGAGCACCGCGUCAUCCUUCCCCAGGACAUCCGCGGCUUCAUCGCCAGCCUCAGCAGGCCCCUUGGCUCCUCCUACAUCCACUACGCUGAGUCCUCCAUGCAGAACGGCUUUGGCCUGAAGUACCUGCACAGAUUUUUCAACAUCCCUUUCCUGCAGCUACAGAGGGAAACACUACUGCGACAGCUGGAGACCAACCAGCUCGACAUGGACGCCACGCUGGAGGAGCUGACGGUGCAGCAGGAGAGCGAGGACCAGAACUAUGACAUCUUCCAGGAGAUGAUGGAGGCUCGCAGUAAGGGCUACAGCUCCCCUGGCCCCGCCAACGGCCAGAGCCCCUCCUCGGGCUCACAGUCCCCCGUGGUUCCCCCCAGUGGGCCCUCCACGGCCAGCUCCAGUCCCGGCACGCCCCAGCCACCCGUGCCCCCCCCGAUGCUGCGCCCGCCGUCGCCAUCUCACUCCCCACCUCCUGCUCCUGUGAUGUCUUCACCGGAAUCCAUCACUAUGGCCCCCCCACCCCCGUCGCAGAAACGUGGUAUCAUCUCGCGACUCUUCGGAGGUGCCACUCCCGAGCCCCCUGUGGAUAAAGCCGAGGCUGCCAGUGCAGCAGCGCCCCCUGCAGGGGUGGCCAGCGUGGACGACUUCGUACCCGAUGAGCGUUUGGACCGCAGCUUCCUCGAGGACAACCUCCCGACAAAGAUCAAAGAGAAGCUGCGCUCAGCAGCGGCAGCCGACAGUGACAGCGAUGGGGAGGCUCAUGGAGGGAACCCCAUGGUCUCAGGUUUCCAGGAUGAUCUGGAUCUCGACGACGAGAUCCCGACUAAUCCCUUGGCCACGGCGGUUGUCCCCAGCAAGAACAUCACCCUGUCCAGUGAGGAGGAGGAGGAGGAGGAGGAGGGCGGCCCGCCCAUCACGCGGGACCAGGAGCUGGGCAGCGGCCCUGCCCCAGAGAGCGCAGUGAUGCAGCUCCCCGAACACAGUGGACAUGCCCCGCCCACACGGGCAGGCCGGACUAAACCGGGAGAGUCCUCAGAUACAGACGCCGAGCCGCCAGUGGCUCCACAGGUGCUCUCCUUUGUCAUGGAUGACCCCGACUUUGAGAACAAAGAGGCAGACGAGCUCAAGAUGGAGAAGGAAUCACUCCCAGUGCUUAAGGACCUGUCAGACCUGUCUGAUGAUGAACUUGUCCCCGCCCGGGUCCCUGAUCCUGGGAAACCAGCUGUGCUCUCCAUCAAAAACAAAAAUGAUGACCUGUUUGGCCUCGGGUUUGAAGGAAAGAUCUCCAAGAGCAAGAACAGUAGCGAAGAUGAAGAAGAUAAAGAAAGCAAACACAUGACAAAGGAUAAGAAGAAAAAGAAGAAGAGGAGCAAAGAGGAAGAAGACAAAGGCAGCAAAAAACGCCACAAGAACAAGAAGAAAGAAAAGGAGGAUUCUGGAGCAAGAGACGAAAAGGAGAGGAAGAGGAAGACGAGGUCCAGGAGGGCUGGUGACUUGGAUGACUUGGAGGCCUUCCUGGCGGGGGAGGCGGUGCCAGACAAGCGAGAGGGAGGCGGCUAUGAGGAGCUGUAGGACCCGGAGCAGUCCAUCAGCUGCCACUGUCACCUGUGAAAGGGGGUGGUCCCUGGGAAGCACUCGCACACAGGCAGUCCCUGACGGCGACAGGCCGCCCCACCUUUGGCUCUUCCCCGCCUGCCGUAACCCAGAGGUUCUUGGAUACCCCCCAGGCAGAGAGCGGACUGCCAGGGAGGCCGAUAAGGAUCGCCAUCGAUCCCGCGACCGCGGCACACUGACGUCCGAAUCCUCACCAAUCUCUCUUUACUUUCUCUUUUUCAGCAUUUCUUCUUCCUCCAUUUGACAGAAUAUGAGGAGUGUCUCUAUCUCUCUCUCACUCUGUCACAGCCUGGCUCACGCUGGGUCUGCUCCUUGAGAACCAGUAAAUGUUAUGAGGCGACAUCUUCAAGAAAUUGCCACCGGUUUUGAACUGUUCUGUUUGUUGCUGCUGUCUUGGUUUUGCCAGCUGAGCAGAUGAUCAGGCUGGGCCAAGUUCCCAACACUUUAGGAAAGACCGCCAGCCCUUUCCACUGCACACGAAGGGCCGAGCUCUGCGGAGGUGCAGCAUCACCCUUCUCAGCUGCUUUCAUGGAGGGUCAUUUGCAGAAGCUACCUUCUAAAGACUUUUUACACUCCUGGGGGCCACAGAAAGAUGGGAUGUGGCGGGGGGACAGGGGGUGACUAGUAUGAAAACCCCACCCCAAGUGUUACUAUGUGUCUAAUGUUUUCCUGGUUUGCUACGAAGCUGACGGUCAGUUGACGUCCUUCAGAAGACUGAAGGUGAUAAACGACAACUGGUUGACUUACACUAACCAUAGAAACAUCCUACAAUUCCACUAACAGCGAACCCUUGCUUGUUUGUUCAAACAUCCUUCCACUUUUUUUUUUCUAUUCAGUUUACAGGUUUUUGGUACGAUUCCAUUCUGCCAUCAGGGGUUUUUUUUUUUUUUUGGGGGGGCGGGGGGGGAGUAAUGAAGGGUAUGGGUGCAUCGCAGGCUUACUGCUGCCCCCAAAGGCUAAAUCAUUCACUGACCUGUUUGUUUCCAUCAGUGAAGAUGCAAUCUACUGCUCCAGUCUUUUUUGCUACUUCAUUAAUCAGGACCCAGUGGUAUUACCCACAAUGCACCUGGUACAUGAACAGGUCAUCCUAAUGAAACCCCUAAAUCAGAAAAGCCAGCUUGUUCCUUGGCGGUUUAUAGUUAACUGGAAAGAAACUGUAGCAGAUGAUUACAGUAUCGUGAGGUUACAUUUAAAACCUGAGGAUGCCCCACCCAACAAGUCAAGAAUCUUUCUCGCGUUUAGACCGUCAAGUGUCACGUUUGCGUGUGGAUAUUCAGUCAGAUCUCUGAGGUGGGCCUUCUGACAGUGUUAAUAAAUUUCCAGGGCGAGUCCAAAUCUGAAAUGGCAGAAUGCAAUAAAAAAGAAAAGAAAAAUCUUUUGGUAGUUCAUAUCGUUAUGUUGGCUGUGGGGGGUGGGAACUAUCAGGAACCUGCAACACAGAUCGGUACAGAGAUAUUACAGAGCCGAGUAGCGGUCGCUGGUCGGAGCGGCACCUCCGCAGGGCUCAGUGGCGCCCCCUAAUGACAUUGCGCGGCGUGGCUUCCGUGCGCCCUAGGACUCGGGCAGCCUCGAUCGGAUUGUGCGAAUUCUUCAUGGCUUGGCAAAACCGGUCAGAUCUGCAACCUAGAUCUGACGUCCCAGCUUUGAGUAUCGGCUUGAUGUUGCUCGUAUUAAUACGAGCUUGGGGGUGUAACAUCACGGUGGCAGGUUUUAAUGAAAAAAAAUCUGUUUUAUAUCCUUCCCUCAUUUGUUAACAGUCUGUUAUUACAUAGAACGAAUAUUGUUACCUACGCGUAUAUGUGUACCUAUUAAAAACGACAUAUCAGUCAGUAAUAGCCGGUUUUGUGCGUGACUUUCCAUUCUGUGGGAGACGGUUUCUCCGUUUCAGUCAUGGGUCUCACGUUAACCCCCGCUGCCCCCCGUCGCAGUGGAGGUCCGAUAUCUACCAGAUCCCAGAUCAGUCGCUAAACCGCUCCCUUGUACGAGCUGUUACUUAAGGGAUGCAUGCGGUCUGUGUGCUUACUGUACUGUUUCCUACAUAUCCGGCGGCGCCGUAAAACUGAUCAAAUGUACUCAGAGCCGCGUUAAGUUUCCAUGAAAACUCGAUUUCAACAGUAUGCGCAAUUUAUGCAGUUUGUCCAAUAAAAGUCAGGCUCACUGCUCCUAA